UCAAUCCAGAGCAGCUAAGAAUCCAGUUUGAGGUACCGCAGCAGAAGCUAUGGCAUCCGCAAUUCUGAAGCGAGCAACCUCGUCGGCGCUGAAAUCAGCAGCCGGAAGUUUCCGCAUCGCAGCGUCAGGAAGGGGCUACGCAUCGGUGGCAGCAGGGAGUGAUAUCGUCGCGGCGGCGCCUGAUGUUUCUCUCCAGAAAGCUCGGAGCUGGGACGAAGGCGUCUCGUCUGAGUUCUCCACUACUCCUGUUAAAGAUAUUUUCAAGGGGAAGAAAGUCAUCAUCUUUGGAUUGCCUGGUGCAUAUACAGGAGUUUGUUCACAGCAGCAUGUGCCUAGUUACAAGAAUAACAUUGACAAGUUUAAGGCUAAAGGAAUAGACUCUGUCAUUUGUGUUGCUGUUAAUGAUCCAUAUGUCAUGAAUGCCUGGGCUGAGAAAAUUCAAGCCAAAGAUGCUAUUGAAUUUUAUGGGGACUUUGAUGGUAGCUUCCAUAAGAGCUUAGAUUUGGGAAAAGAUCUCUCUGCUGCUUUGCUUGGUCCUCGUUCUGAAAGAUGGUCAGCAUAUGUAGUUGAUGGGAAGAUUAAAGCUUUUAAUGUGGAGGCUGCCCCAUCCGACUUCAAGGUUUCUGGUGCUGAGGUCAUUUUGGAACAGAUCUAAGGAUGUUUUAGCAUCUAUUUUUGCUGUCAACACCAGGAGAUGUUUAUUUACUCUAGCCAAAUGAUCAUGGUUGCCGCUAUUUUGAAGAUCGUACUUAGUUUAAAUGAUAAUUCUAGUGUGUCCAAACUUGCUGCCGACACUUAUAUCUUGCUAGAAAUAAAGUUUCUUCACCAUAUAGUGAUAAAAAAAUUUUCUUUUAAAAAAGUGUGGAUGGCUUUGUUCUUUGCUUCAGCAGUUUGUAGCAAAAUGCAAUAAUUGUGCUUAGUGAAACACGAACCAUUGAACCUAUUUCAUUCCAACAGAAGAAAAGGAAUGUAGAUCG